AUGCCCACGGCCAUGACCCAGGCUUGUCUGCGGUGUAAGCAACAGAAGCGGAAAUGCGAUCGGCUUCUGCCAGUGUGUUCGCUGUGUCAAAGACUGAACCGGAGCUGCUGCUACUCGGACCCCGAUGGCGCCGCACAUCCGCUACCGGUCCCCGAUCUUCUCGACCUCACACCCGCAAACAUCAGCCAGACCCUCGAGGCACAAGUCUCAGCCAUCAUCGGCCCCCCUCCGCUCGUCCACGCCGCCGCGCAGGCAUACUUCACCACCGUCCACCCCUGGCUCCCAGUCAUAUCGGAAGAUGCCUACUACAGCCAACUGUCCGCUUCACGGACGCAGCCGAUGCAGGCGGACUUUGGCCUCUUGACGCUCAGCAUGUACCUCGUCUGCGCGCUGCCGGUGGACGGGCAGGUACCCGCACAGACGAGGUCGCUGUACGCGCUGCUCAGGAGCUUCGUGGUGUGGCGAGGCGUCGUAAUCGCCAACAGAUAUGCCACGCUCCUGAGCGGCAAGGGCUCGUGCCCUCCACCGAAACCAUCCUCGGAGGCAGACGAGAAGAGUGCUGAGAUUCACGACCACACAACCCCAUCCCAAAUCGACCACUUCACGAGGCUAGCUCACGCAUCACGGCUCCUCGAACAAGUCCUCGCCCACAUCCACGAGACGACGCCCCACCACGAAUUCAACACCGCAGAGGCAUUCCAGAUCAUAAAAACGGCAACCUGUUUCAUGGAGACGUUUUCAGACGGAGACGCCGCCGAGAACGCCAUUCUAUCCAGCGCCAUGGCCGUCUGCAGGAGCGCGGUGAUGGAGAUUUUGGAAUUCGGAUCCCGCGUCGUGCAGCCGGACAGCGAGUUCUGCAACCAGGCCUCCGUCAACAUGCUCAAGACGAUAGUCGAGGAGCUCAUGCACGGCGCUGCACAUCUCCUCUCCGCGUCAUCCGCGGUCAGGACCGACGCUCUCUCGGUGUUCAUCGCGCAGCCGCUGUACAAAGCGGCCAUGAUUUACCUCCGAAACUUGACGGACGCUGAUCGCAUGGACCUUGGGCCGUCGGUAAAGCCCCUGAGAGACGCGCUACUGCUGAUCGGCAAGCGGUGGGCGGCUGCAGGGCGAUAUAUCGAGGAGAUUGAUCGCUACGCACGACAAAAUUGA